UUGCCUUUGAAAUAUUCCUUGCCCUUGUUACAAAUAAAUGCCACCAAUUGAUUCUCCUUUCAUGCUCUCCAUCCUCCUCAUCACAAAACUUCCCCAUACUCCUGGCCUCCUUUCUUUCCCUCUCCUACUCUUCUUCAUGGUUCCAGAAUUAGAGAAACCUAAAAUCACCGAGAUACAGGUCCGGAUGGACUGUAAUGGGUGCGUGCAAAAGAUCAAGAAAGCAUUGUAUGGCAUUAAUGGCAUAUAUGAUCUUUACAUUGAUUUCCCUCAACAGAAGCUAACAGUGAUUGGGUGGGCAGAGCCAGAAAGAAUCAUGAAAGCCAUUAAAAAGACAAGGAAAGUUGCCACCAUUUGUUCCCAUACAGAAGUAGCAGAACCUGCUGCUCCACCACCAACAGAACAACAACAACCACAAGAAGGGACUAGUGCACAACCACCCCCUGCCCCUGAUGAAGCACCAUCAAAUCCUCCAUCGUCCGAAGCUCCUCCUCCACCACCAGCUGAAGCCUCUCCACCAGCAGAGCAGCCAAAAGACCCACCACCACCAGAGAAUCCACCACCAGAGCCAACACAACCAACACCAUCACCACCUGUUACUGUAGACACCAAUGCAGGUCAACCAGGGCAGCCUUCUAGACCAAAAGAGGUAGGGGAGGUUCAUGUUGUCUACCACCAUCCGCCCCCUGAAUAUGGAUACAGAUACGGCUAUGGCCAUGGUGGUCCAGGGUAUUGGAACAAGUACCAAAGUGGUCAAGAACCACACGAACCAGCACCAGUUCCGGCCCCGGCACCAGUACCAGUGCCCCCUGUCUAUGUGACACACAGCUACAAUACAUACAGGCCAUCAUCACAUGUCACUGAAUAUGAAUAUGUCAGAUCACCACCAAGACAGCCAAAUUACACUAGGAUCGACCCGUAUUACAGUAGGAUCGACCCUUAUUACAAUAGGAACGACCACUAUCAUGAAGAACAACAGUAUUACGUAAACGGUAAUAAUGGGAGUGGAAAUAUCACAUCAAUUUUUAGUGAUGAAAAUCCAAAUGCAUGUAGAAUAGUGUAAAAAGGAAAGAAAGGAUGGUGGGAAAGGAAAGAGACUGUUUUGCUGUGCCUACAAGCGAGCCUUGAUGGGAAAGUCAAUGGAGAAUAAUUAAAAGCAUAAUAAGAAGAUAAAUUUGGUGGAAUUUUUUUUAAAAUGUUUUUUCAUAUUAAGCAUGUGAAAGUGUGUUUAAAGCGGGAAGAAUAUGAUUCUAAACUUGUUGGUGCUGGAAAGAAUUAGAUUCUACUAAAUGCUGCUCGGAAGUCAUUUCGAUUUUAUGUAAAAAAGAAUCUGUAAAGCUGUUUGUUAUUCUUAAUCCAUAUUUCUCAUCC